AUCCAAGGCGCCCGCCAAACCAGUCGCAUUGCCAGACGGUUGGGAGAUUCGCACUCUGCAACCAAGAAGCGCGCGUACUACUUCCACGUUCCGACACAGAAGAGCCAGUGGGAGCCACCAGCACUCAACAGCAACGCCGAGGACGAGAGCGAGAGCAACGACGCAAGCAACAGCAGCACAAUGUCUCAAGUCCGCGCAUCGCACAUUCUCGCCAAGCACAAGGAUUCGCGCCGUCCCAGCUCGUGGAAGACGCAGAACAUUACUCGCACCCGCGAUGAGGCCCUCGCCAUGAUCCAACAGUGGCGCGCGCAAAUCGUCAACAAGGAAAAGACCUUUGCCGACAUUGCCAAGGUCGAGAGCGACUGCAGCUCGGCCAAGAGCGGCGGCGAUUUGGGCUUUUUCGGUCCUGGCCAGAUGCAAGCUCCUUUCGAGCACGCCACGUUUGCUCUCCAGGUUGGCGAACUCAGCGAGCCCGUCUUCACCGACUCGGGUGUCCACAUCAUUCUGCGCACAGCGUAA